GUUAAUGGAGGGCUGAGCUGCAUUUGUCCUUCUGCCAGUCAAAUACUAUAUUCAUGGCUCCUCUCAAAGAACCUGGAAGCGGGUCUUGCAGACAAGCCUGCUCUUUGACUGCAAACAUAAAGGCUCUCAGUCUCCCAUGGCUGCUUAUUCUUUCCCUGUUGCCCCCUUCUGCGCCCCCCGCCCCCCGCUGUCUGGGCACCUCUUGUGUCCUCUGAAUGGGCGGAUUGUGCCGCGUGCUGGGGUCAGGUGCAGGAGCCAGGAGCUGGGGGGGGCCGUGCGGGCCCAGCUGAGCCGUGGGCGCGCGGAGCUGGCGCCGGGGUGAUGGGUUUGGCACGGGUCGGGGGCAAGGGGGUAUGCGCCCUUCCAUGCGCCCCGCUCCUUCGUGGGGCUGAACGGGGCCGCAGGCUUCGCCCUUCUCCGUGGGCCUGUUCUAGGGACCUGGCUCGCUCCCCUGUCAGCCCCCAUCUUGCUGGGACGUCCGGUAGACACGGCCUGGCAGCCUCGUCCCAGGACCCUUCCUUUCUGUUGCCUGCAGAUCUGGACAGGCUCCUGCUGGACCUGGAGUCCUUCCUGCUGAUCCUUGACCGGGAGAACCUCAGCUAUGUGGCUCAGGCCAAGAAGAAGUCCAUUGCUGAGCUGCUUGCCAGGUUGCAGGGUCCUCCAUCAGAGGAUGCGGAGUACAUGAUCAUGCGUUGCAUCUCGCCGUCCUCCGGCAACAGCGGCCUGCAGCCACGAGCCGGCACAAGCCCACCACCAGGAUCCAGCUCCCCAGACCCGCCCCCUGCGGACACCCAGCACGCGCCUGGCGGGGUGAACACAGCUGGCGUCCUGCCCUAUCUUCAGAGCCUGCCCACGGAUGACUCCUACGAGGAGGCAGAGCCCAUCAGCCCUGGGGAAAACCUCAGCUCAGCGGGCGGCGCAGACACGGACAGCAGCCACUAUGAGUCGUACGGGGAGGAUGAGGACUGCAUGAAAGACCGGGCGCAUUACAUCCAGUGGCCGCCCACUGCCAGCCUCGGGGAGGCCCCUACCCGCCCCGAGGCCCAGCUCUGCGGCUUCCUCUGGAGGAAGCGGUGGCUCGGGCAGUGGGCCAAGCAGCUCUUCAUCAUCCGGGAGCACGCGCUGCUGUGCUACAAGUGUGCCAAGGACAUGCAGCCGGUGCUGGAGCUGGAUCUGCGGGGCUGCCGUGUCACCUACAAGGCCAAGCGCAGCAAGAAGAUGCAGCACGAGCUGAAGGUGACAGGGGCAUCUGCCGAGACGGUGGUCAUCGGCUUCCAGAGCCGCCAACAGGCUGAGGACUGGAGGAAGGUGAUCGAAGAGGUGAGCAGCAACCCCCUGAGCGGGCUGUCUGCACACAGCUCCCCCGUGUCCCCUGGCACCGAGCAGGGCAGGGGCUUGCGCAGGGCGCCCAGCCCCCCGCAAGCCUCUGCUUCCCACCAGCACGGCUCUGCGACCAGCCCCACGGCAGCUGGCAGCGUCCCAGCCGGAGAGCAGAAGGAAGGAGGUUUCCUGGAGGUGCUGCUGCAUGGGCAGCGGCAGAAGCUGUGGUGCACAGUGGAGCAGGGCGCCCUGCAGAUGCUCCAAGACCCCAGCUGCCCCGAGAGCCUGGCGGGCACCGUGCUGCUGGCAGGCUGCGUGGUGACCUCGGGGGCUGAUGUGGGACAGCCCCUUCUCAUCCACCUGGCUCAACACGGCCGAGAGGUCGCCGUCCUGGAGGCCUGCUCAGAGGAGGACAGGGAUGCCUGGCUAGAGAUCCUGCAGGGCACGGGGGGAGCAGAGCCUGCCUCUACAUAUGAAAGGAGCAGCAUAGAAACUACCAGCCUUGGAGACGCCCCCAGCUCCCCGGCUGUGGGGGGGCUGCUGCUGCGGAGGUUCCCGACACCCAAUGCCUACAUGGACGACCCCUUUGGGCAGCUCCUGCCAGCGCCAGCCCCAGACCCACUGUACUCCAAUGCUGAUAUCCUGCACCAGCUGCAGCAGAGCCUGGACAGAGCCGCCCAGGGACAGCCAAAGAGGCCCCUGUCUGCUGUUCCCGACAGCGCCUACAGCAACGCAGCGAGCAGGGCUCUGGAGAUGGCAGCCACUCCCCACGCCGGCCUGAGCAACUCUCCAAGUGAGCAGCGGGCAGAGGUGGCCCCCAGGAUGAAGAGCCAGGAGUUCCCCCAGUCCCAGCAGACGCUGGUGCCGUCAGAGAGGAAGGGCCCGCGGGACGGGUUGGAUUUCCUAAUCGGCAAGAGAGCCUUCCCCAAGCUGGAGGAGAAGGUGGGCCAGCUGGAGCGAGCCUGUCGGAUGAAAACCAGGCUGAAAGCUGGCUCGGAGAUGAACCUGUUGGCCAUCGGCAAGUCUCUGAAGGGCCACAUAGCCACCGCCACCUGCUCAGCAGGCUCGGAGGGCUCCUUCCUGACGCCCCUCCUGAAGCGCACGUCCUCUGCCAAGGGCACCCUGAAGCGGGCACCGUCCGUCGUCAUCAUUGAGAAGGGGAAGGUGCUUCAAAAGAGAAAGGAAUGGGAGAUGAAGUCUGCCAUGUAGCUGGCUCCUGUGGCCGCACGCGUGCCCCUGCUCAUAGGACACCUUGCUGUGUACAUACAUAUCAGUCCAGGCAUCUCUCUGCCAUUCCCGCUGCGUGUGGAUCACGCUGGAUGGAUUUUAUACCUGUUUUCAUUACACACUGUGGUGACCGCUGUGAAUGACGACGCCUUUCUGUUUGGAAACCGGCUGUGGGUUUUUAUCUCUGGUCUGCAGUGGCCCUAAAACUGGGCAGGCCAGGGCUGCGCUGGGGAAGACACGUAGGCCCUUCUGAACAUCCUGGGCCUUGACUUUUCAUGGCAGCAGAUCCAUCUGGGAUCAUGUCCCAGUGGGCGGCUCUCCUCCAGCUUGCAUUUCCCCGAGCCUCCAGAUGUGCUGGAGAUGCUGGAGACGCAGGCUUUUCCCUGCAUUAAGGGGAACCUACUGUGGCUUAAGACGGCACCAGCUGGAGCCCAAGGAGGCAGCCCUCUCUCAUGCCUCCUUAUACAUGGGGGGAAAGCUUCAGCACUGGAGUCCAGAGACACUGUUAGACCCUAAGGGACAUGGCGCUGCUUAGGAGAGGCUCUGAGCUGUUUGGCUCUGAGUCCUCUGAAGUCUCUUACAAGGUGCCCCUGCUUCUCAUUCAUCUCACGGGGCCUAGUGCUCAAAGAUAACAGACAGCCCAGCUUUGAGCCCAGUAGAGCUGUAUCUAGGUGGCAUGAUACAGAUCUCAGCUGGCACCUUGCCCGCUGUGCAGCUGGGCAAGGCGAGCGGCCAAGUGGGGAUGCUGGCUACGUCCCCAGAGGUCUAAAGGAUGGGGGAGGA